AAGUUUCCCGCUUGUCUACGCGACCAAUUUAAAGGGACAGCAUUUUCAAAAUAUCAAAGGUGCCGACAAAGAGUGUUGCCUCUUGUUGUAUCCCUACUCUUUGUCUGUAGUUUGUGGGAUAAUUGUAUAUGUCCAUACAUGUCAUUAUAGAAGAACGUGCGGUAACGAGUACUCUUUAUUAUAGUUUUUUAUUAAUUAAUACUUAAAAUCAAACUGCAUAAAUCGAAUUGUUAUCGCCGUACUUUUCUAUACAGUUGAAUUAAUACGAAUACAUGUGACGUUUAAUAUAAAUCCGAUUUUAAAAUUUGAAUUACAGUUACAAACAUUGUAUCGAUAAUUUAUUGAAAAUACUUUCAACGUUGAAAUAAAAAAUUUUAAUUUCAAUUUAAAAUAUCGUAGGCAAAUAAUAUUAUCUUAAUAAGUAAAUUUCACGAUUAAGGUAUUAACGUAGAAAAAUGAUUUUGAGGUUAAGGAUAACGGCCAAACAAGAUUUAAAAAUGGUUGUUUUGUCGAAUAAAAUAAUAUAAACACGAUUUUACAAAGUAUAUAUUGAAAAAAAUAAAACAUGGAUAAUACAGAAUUAUUAUUUUUUGAUACUUUUUCACACGACAUUUCGGAGGAACUUAAUCUGGAUUUAGUACAAUUUCCAAAACCUGUUUAUAUUAGCGAAGUCAGAAUUAUUCCACUAGGUGCUAGAGUACAAGCAGACUUUCCUGGAGGUGUCCGUUUAGGAGCAACAAAUCCAUCGCAAUUCGAAAUAGAAUUUUUUGUUAACGAUUUAAGUAAACCUGGAGCUUCGACGUUCGAAUCGCUCGGAGAAUUAGAAUAUAAGCAAAACAUUCAUAUUCAAUUAGAAUGCGAAAGGAAACAAAUACCAACAGAUGGUUUGGUAUUAAGAGGCUGGUAUACUACCAUUACUUUAGCUGUAUACGGAACUUUAACAAAAUCUUUAAAUAAUCCGCAAGAAAUUAUUAGCUCGACUACUGGUUCUGCAGCUUGCGUGAGCGGAUUAGAGGAAGUAGUUGAAAAUACCGCACAAAUUUCAGAGCAACAAUCUGAAUGGUAUUACGAAAAUCAAGCACAGCCAAAUUCGAAUGAAACGUGUGUAGCCGCAACGCCACCACUUCCUAUACAACCGAUACAAAUAAUCGAAUCGUCCAGAAAUUCAACAUCAGAUACUGGGAAAACAGAUACUGGACAUUGGGAAGAAGACGUUACGAAUAAUACUCUAAAGUCGACGAAACGGCCUUCUUCGCCACCUUCUGAAUCUUUAGUAUCUCUAAGCCCUGAAUCCAUAUCAGCGGAGGAGGAGGAAGGAGAACAGGAUGGAGGCGAACAAGAAACAGGAGAGCCAUUUGAACCUAUAUUAUCCGACGAAGACAUAAUGACAGAUGACAUACCACCAUCUACAGAAUACGAAUGUGAUAACGUGCAAUUGAACGAUAUUUAUUCUUUUGCUCCACCUGAUUUAUUGGAAUUGGAAGAGUCACUGAACAUCGUCGACGAGUGCCAUAUCAGCAAGGAAAUGUUAGAUAAGAUACAGGAGUUAUUACAAUCGUUAUCAAAGUCAGUCUUACACUUUAAUAAUGCAUCAGGUCAAGAAAAAGAAACAUUUGUUCAUAAUUGUGAAUCUCUGUGCGCAAUACUCAGUCCUUUUCGCUUAAGUAACACGAAUUUCAAUGACUUGGCCAACAUCGUGAAUGCUGGUUUAGACAUGGAUCUUGCUCGUGCUCAACCUCAACCAGCUUAUAAAGUUCGUCACGUUAAAGUAGGUGUACGAUUAGCCGAAACCUUGUGUAAGCUACCGCAAGGUCCAGAUAUACUUUUAAAAGUAGAUGCACCUUACAAAUUAUUAGCAUUGUGCAUGCGCGAAAACGUAGCACUUCCCGUGAAACUAUCUGCUAUACGUACGUUGGAUGCCGCAUUAAUAAGUCCGAUAAUUGUUCAAGAGUUUCUUAAAUCAAGCAACAGUUUAUAUAAGAAUGCUUUGAUGAUGUUAGACACGGCAAAAUUAGCAAGAUUAAAAUAUGCCCUAAGUUCGUUGUUACGAAAAGUACAUACGUACGAAUUCCUUGACGAGUUGAAAGAACUCGACGAAUUAACUAUCACCGAAUUAACGAACGCGUAUAUAUGUUCACCCACGUUAAUGGCUCAACCGAAACGUCAGCUUCCAGCUGGCGCGCAAAUGGAAUUUGAACGCGAACAUAACCGAAAUCCACGAUGUCAUUUAAUAGCAUACUUCGAACAUCAUAAACUUCUGUAUCACGUUUUAUUCACGCUUACUUCCCCAAAGUCAGAUCUAAAUUUAAUUAAAGCUACACGUCGUUUUCUGCUACGUAUCUCGGAUACAAAGGAAGGUUUAUUGUAUUUGUUGAAAGAACGAGAAGUUAUUAAAUUAAUUUUAAAAGCUUUAAAAUACGAAUUGCCUGGGGCAGGUUCGGUUUUAGCGUGGCGACUUCAAGUUGUGCAAUGUCUGUUACGCUUAAAAUAUCAACCUUCCGAUUGGAUAGCAUUAAAAAAACUUCAUUCUAUCUUAAUAUUUCCCGAGGGUUUACAGGCUAUAAUAACGGUUGUUCCUAUGGGCGAAUUUAUCGAUAUUUUAAUACCUUAUCUUUCCGAUUCGAAUCUUUGUGAAUUCUCUGCGGAAAUUAUAUCGGCAACGAUACGUUAUUCCGAUCGAAUCGAAGUGUUUCAAAAUCGAGCCGCGAUCAUUUUAGAAAAAUCACGAAUUCAGGCUGUUUUAAAAGACGUUACAUCAUACCUGACUACAGUGGCACAGCCGUCUCAUUGGAAUUACGGGGACGUUUCUCCGCUUGUUAUGUGCAUCAGAAAAAAUGCAGACAAGGCUGCUUCUCUUCCAGGACAAUUAAUUACAGCGUGCAGAAUUUUGUAUUAUCUUGUUUUUCCUUCUAACAACGACGUUGACCCGAUGGAACCUUACAUCGAAUUAAAAUAUAGGAACGCGUUAACUCAAUUAUUCGCCGCCGAUGGUUUAACAGCUCUUAUCGCAGUUAUGGCGAAUAUUUCCGAAUUUUACGAACAACCAUUUUUACAUCGUGCAGCUCUAACAGGUCGUAGAGGUCUGGCAUUGGUCGCGUUACUUCUUCCGUGUAUUAAAUUAACAAGGGCAUUGCUGGAACGCCUUGUCAAAUGUAUGGCCACAGAUUUUAAAGAUUUAACCGCUGUAGUUCCAUUGCUUGGUGUUUAUUCGUUAGUCGAAGCUAUCCCCCCUAUUAAAAUUGUACAAACAUUAUCCGAAGAAAUAGUGGGAACACUUUUGGUAUUCACACAGGCCGUAGAUUCAGACGGAUCAGGAAAUGUGGCUAAAUCAUUAUGGACACAAAUGUUGGGCGAAGUUCUUAAAAUGGUUUCUUUGAGCCCAUGUAAUUUUAUACCUGGAUUAAAGCUAUUAACAAGAUUGUUACCACCUAUUUUGACUUUGAAAGAAACUAUGACCGAAGAUGCUGCGCGAAUUUUAGGAUUUCGUAAACUAUGGUCCGCUCAUUUACAAGCGCAAGCUAAUAAUUUAACCGAAACAUUGCGAUUGCUUUGCGCUAGUUGGAACAAUGAUUUAUUAGUUCUUCUGGCAAAAGUAUGCAAGCAAUUAAGCGAUUUAGCAGCACCUACAGCUUUACUUGUAGGAAGAUGUUUAUUAGACGGUAUAAUAGCUGCCGCUCCUUUAGAGAAUAACGUGUUAAUCCUUGCGCUGCUUAGUGAACUCGCAAGGCAUGCACCAAUGAAAGCCACUUUGUUGACGUUAACUAGCCCUGCAUCCAGAGCACAAGUGAAAUCUGAUCAAAAAUAUCCGCCUGUUAUCGAAAUGAUGUGUACAGCGCUUAAAAGUACAAACGAUAUUAGAAUACAAUACGAAAUUCUUGAUAUUUUUGAGACUUUGUGCGAUAGUACGCUUAGUCUUAUGCCAGAAGAUACAAGCGAACCUUUUGAAAAAAGAUUAACGCAUUCGGUACCUAGUAAAGAACCGCUUUUGUCCAUGCUGGCUGCCCUUAUCGAUAUAUUAGCGAGUAGUACAAAAUUUGAAACUGAAAUACUACAAAGUACGCUUCGAAUACUUUUGUCUCUCAUCAGUCACAAUUAUGGUUUAUACCAUGUAAAAAGCUGUUUAGAAAAUAAUCCUGAUGCAUUAAGAUCAUUAUUAGAGUAUAUUUCUGUCUUAGAAGAUCCAGAAGCCCAAUCUGUCGUAGAUUUGACUAUAAUGUUCUUAGAAAAUUUAAUAGCAUCCGAAUCACAAGGAAGAUCGUUAUAUUUACGAGUACAGCAAUUGGCAUCCCUAAUAUUAUGGGAUAAAAAUGAACAUCCCUUGGAGAAAAUAAAAAAUGCGCACGAACUGGUGGAAAUUUUGAAGUCUGCAGAAGACAAAGAGGACAAAGAACCUAUACCGGAAAUGUUGGAACCAUUGCUGCCCACUCCGGAAGCGUUGUUAAAUCAAUUUUCUCAACGAUGUUUAGGAACUCCAGAUCUUACUUCUAAACGUCCGAAAAAGUUUACGUUUACAACUCCGAGUCAAGCCCCGAAUGAAAACACCGUGGAUUUGUUAGCGCUUGCAGCCGAAUUGCUACCAGCCGACUUUAAUUUGUUGACAGAAGCUCAAAAUCUCUGUUCUAAAACACCACCCGAUGACGCUACUCAGCCGUUACAAUCAAAAACUCAAACCGACGAUCAAGAAACCAGAGACAUUCAAAAACAAUCGUCUCCUAUUUCUAAAAUAAAACAACCAUUUGUUACACCUAUGCGAGGCAGAACGCAAUUUGCCAAUUCUUUAAGAGGUGGCCCAGUGGUGGGAAGCGUAGGUAGAGGAGCAGAUCCAUUUAGAUCAAGACCGCCAAACACUUCACGACCACCGUCCCUUCAUGUUGAUGACUUUGUAGCGUUAGAAACAUGUGGAGCACAACCAACCGGACCUACGGGUUAUAAUAAACUCAGUAUACGUGGAACCUGUCCCCCGCGUGCAAUCAGUGCAGGAUCGAGAAGUCGAACAUGGACGCAAGAACCCCGACCUCCUUAUCUUCGCUAAUUUAUAAUUAAUUCAGGGAAGCUAAGUGUUUUGUACUGAUAAUUAAAUAAUUUUCUAUUCUCUAUGUAAUUUCAUAGUAAUUCCAUUUAGGAUUAUAGAAAUAUCAAAUAUUUCUUAUUGGAAGUAUACAAUAUUAUUAUUAGUAUAUUAGAUAACUGUUUAACUGAUAUUUUAUUAUAGUACAAAAUUUCUUGAUGUCCAUAUGUUACAAAAACUUUAUAAAAUAAAGAACUACAUCAUUAUUA